UAAUUGUUGUCCUACACUCAAAUGUAAUUUGACUGAUCACAUAGCAGAUAACCUUGCGCACAAACAGAGUGCCUUUUGUUGUCGGCAGUCAGCCAACCUGCCUGCAGUCAUUGUGGGCUGUCUUCUGUGCAUUCUUUCUCAAACUCGCUUUGCAUCUUUUGGAGUAAUCCCACAGAGCAAGCAGUGUGGACCAAGAUGAGGACCUGUUCUCUGCUUCUGUUGGUUGCAUUUAUAGCCCUGGCCGAGUCUUUCCAUGGAAGACACCACAUGCGUGACAAGCGGGAGCUUUUAGUGCGUGCCAAGAGAAGGUGGGUUUUGUCUACAAUUGAAAUAACCGAGGAAGAUCCCGGGCCAUUCCCGAAGGAAAUUUCGAAGAUGUUUAAUGACCAGACGGGUACAGAGGAGCACUACUACCAAAUCACUGGAGUGGGUGUGACGGAGGAGCCGCUGGGGGUGUUCAAAAUCGAUCCAGCUACCGGAAGUGUCUUUGCCCUUAAAUCUAUCGACAGAGAAGCACGUGCAUCCUAUCAUAUCAAAUUUGAUAUAGUGAGCAAAGACACUGGCCAACAAAUAGACAAGGAACUAGCUUUUGAUGUAGAAAUAAAGGACAUCAAUGACAACGCCCCGACUUUCCUCCCCCCUAUAAUGGAGUUCAAUGUGAACGAAAACCUAGAAGAGGGAGCCUCGAUAGUGAAUUUGAAAGCCGAUGACAAAGAUCAGAGGGAUACAGAUAACUCAAAAUUCACCUUCAGCUUGGUCUCACAGAUCCCAAAUGAGCCAAAGAUUGAGUUGAGGCAGGUGGAUGAUCUGGGCUUUCUCACAUUGAAAGGAUGUUUCGAUUAUGAUAAAGCAAAGAAGUAUGAGAUUAUUGUUCAAGCCAAAGACCAUGGAGAACCAUCCCAAUCAUCCCAGGCUUUCAUUACUCUCAACAUUAUUGACACCAACAAUCAUGCACCGACCUUCAGGCAGAAGAAGUACCAAGGUGAGGUGUUAGAAAUGAUCACCAAGAACGACAUUUUGAGAAUUGCAGUAGACGAUAAAGACACUCCUAAUACCAAUGGCUGGCGUGCCAAAUACACCUUCAAGAAAGGGAAUGAAGAAAGAAACUACAAAAUUGAUACUGAUCCUGUAACCAAUGAGGGCAUUUUAAGCGUUAUUAAGGUAAAGGAUUUCGAGAGGACACAAAUAACUUAUCUCCUGGUUGAAGUAGAGAAUGAGGAACCCUUAACUCUUUGUAAAGACAAUAAACUUGUCAACGCAAGCGAACAUCCACCUCGAGAUAUAGUCAACAUCACUAUGAAAGUGAUUGAUGUCAAUGACGCACCUGUCUAUGAGAGAAAAAUAUUUCACGUGUACCUGAAGGAAGAGGAACCGCCAGGAAAGGAGCUUUUCACUCCAACGAUUAAAGAUGUCGACUCUGACGUAUCCAAAAUCAGGCAUGUGCUGUUAGAAGAUCAAGGGAAAUGGAUGACCAUUGAUGCGAAAACAGGAACAAUCACAUCAACUACAAUGAUGGACAGAGAGUCAGAAUUUGUUGAUGAAAACGGCGUUUACAAAAUUCUCCUUGGUGCCAUAGAUGAUGAGGAGCCUCCAGCCACAGGUUCUUGCACAGUCCUCAUCCACCUCAAGGAUAUCAAUGACAACAAACCUAUGCUGGCCACCAAUGAUGCCUUUUUGUGUGGAAACAAGGAUAAAAAGGUCAUCGUGACAGCAAGGGAUGACGAUGCCCCUCCUUUCGGUGGGCCCUUUGUUUUCUCCCUUGUGGAUGAUGACGCAACGGUGACGCAGCGAUGGAAACUAGACCCUUCCUAUGGUGAUCAAGCUGGGCUUAUUAGCCAGGCACCACUCCCAUAUAAUAACUACUCAGUGCCACUGUUGAUUCAAGACCAACAAGGCGAGAUUACAAGUGAAACUAUGGUAGUGAUGGUGUGUGACUGUGGAGAGGGCGUUGUUUGCAAACCCCAAGAUCCAGUCACAUCCAGCCUUGGGAAAGCAGGCAUUGGGCUACUCUUUCUCGGACUCUUAUCAUUUUUGCUGCUGCUCUUCCUUUUGCUGUGUCAAUGUAAAGCGAAGGAAAUGGUCAUGGUGCAGGAUGAGGGCAACCAGACCCUCAUCAAGUACAACCAGGAAGGCGGGGGCUCUGCUUGCCAGGCUGAGCCCACUCUGCUCCUGACACCUACACGCAUGGUGGCUGUGAACAAUGGCCAUAAAAUGAACACUAUUAAGACUUCUGAGAUAUCUAAUGAAGUGGUCAAGGACACAGACUUCUACAACAGUCAAAUGGUAGACAUGUUCAACGUUAACUCACUGAGCUCGCAGCAACAAAGAAACACUUUCACGAGCAGCGGGCCGGCCAGGUACAAUACAUGGAAUGUAAACAGGACUAACACCGGCCAGGGAAACUCAUCAAUGUACCAGCGCUCCGUCAGCCUGCGCUCAAACCAACACAUUGCAGAUCACAUCGACAGGAGACUGAACACAAUUUAUGGAAACCAGUUGGACCAGGCGGGGUACCCGCCCCAAGAGUAUGCCUAUGAGGGACUGGGCAGCAAAAGCCCAUCACUGGAUAAGCUGUCACUAAGCGACCAGGGAGAAGAUAUGAUUUUCCUGGAUGAUUUGGGGCCAAGGUUCAAGACCUUGGCAGGCAUCUGUCAACACACAAUACAAGAAAAGAACAUAAAGCUUUAAAAAAGGCAGCGCUGGACUGAUUUUUUUUAUAUCGUUAUGUUUCUCUUAAUUUCAAGUUUGAGAUUGUUGCGAUGGACUGAUCUGAUUGGAUGUUUUGAGAAGGGAAGCACCACAAUGGUUGGAUUUUGUAUGUGUGCAUUGUGGAUUUAA